ACGCAAGAGAUUCAAUAUCGCUACCUCGAGCUUGACACCCCGCUCCCGACCCCCUGCAUCACUCUCCCGCCCGGCCCCAACCAGUCCCCCCCGCCCGACCCCCCGAGCCUCGAGCAAUACAUCUCCCCGUUCCUGUGGCCCAAAUGGCGCAAAUCGAUGAUGACCUGGAUCGCCUGCGCCGUCACUGCGCUAGCGGGAUACUCGGCCGGUGAGGUGAGCCCCGCCUCGACCAUUCUGACCCAGGAAUGGGGGGUCGGCGCGGUGGUGUACAACCUGACGAUCACCGUGUUCUGUAUCGGGUUCGCCCUCGCGCCCAUGGUGCUGGCCCCGUUCUCCGAGAUCAACGGGCGUCGCCCGAUUUUCGUGGUCAGCGGCAUCUUGUUUACUGCAUCCCUCCUUGCAUGCGGCGGCACGCACAUCUUCGGCGGCCUCCUCGUGGCGCGCAUCCUGCAGGGGAUCGGGGCAUCGACCUUCUCGACGAUGGUGGGCGGCGUGAUCAGCGACAUCUACCACGCCGAGGACCGCAACACCCCGAUGGCGCUGUUCUCCGGGGCGGCGCUGUUCGGCACGGGGCUGGCCCCGAUGAUCUCCAGCGCGAUCGUGUACCAUACGACGUGGCGCUGGGUGUACUACUCGCACGCGAUCGUGGCGGCGUUUUUCGUCGUGGUCAUCUUCCUGUUCUUCAAGGAGACGCGCGGCAGUGUGCUGCUGAGUCGCAAGGCGCAGGCCAUCAACCGGUACUACGAGCAACUGGAGACGGCGGGGCAUUUUGGGGUGCUUGUGGAGGAGGGCAAGGUGCGGCGCAUCCGCUGGCGGGUCAAGAGCGAUGAGGAGCGCGUCUCGCUGGCCAAGAUGGUUGGGAUAUCUGUGUAUCGGCCUUUUCACAUGCUCGUCAGCGAACCCGUUGUCUUCUUCUUUUCCCUGUGGGUCUCCUUCAGCUGGGCCGUCCUGUACCUGCAAUUCGGCUCUAUCCCGCUGGUCUUCCGCACCAACCACGGCUUCAACAUCGAGCAGACCGGUGCCGUCUUCACCUCAAUAUGCGUCAGCUCCCUCCUCAUCACCAUCAUCAGCAUCUACCAAGACAAAAUCGCCCGCCGCUUCGACCUCCUCCCGCACACCCCGGAGGCACGGCUGUACUUCGUCUGCGUCGAGGCGGUGCUCAUGCCCGCGGGUCUGUUUUGGUUCGGCUGGACCUCCUACUCCUCCAUCGCGUGGAUUUCGCCCACCCUGGCCAUCGGGUGCGCCACCAUGGGCAUCUUCGCCGUGUACCUGGCGGUGUUUAAUUAUCUGGCCGAUACGUACCACCGCUUUGCAAGUUCGGCGAUUGCGGCGCAGUCGUGUUGUCGGAAUCUGCUGGGCGGAGUCUUCCCGCUCGUCACGAACGCCUUGUUCACGAAUCUCGGGUAUCCUGCGGCAUCGAGUUUGUUGGGUGCCAUUGGCGCGGUCCUCGUCGUCGUCCCGUGGGUUUUGGUCAUCUAUGGCCCGAAGAUUCGGGCUAAGAGCAAGUUGGCUAGU